AUUAUUUUUGAGUCUCGUGAAGGUCGCACGAUGUGGAGCGAUUAGAUUUUUUGGUGGAAAUGAGUGAAUAAUAAAUGAGAGAAAGUGCGAUCUUGUAACGAGACUGAAAAGAAAAAUUUCAGGAAGAGUUUUUAGGGGACCACUCAUGCAAUGUCUAAUUAUUCGCAUGUGCAGAGGGUCCGAAAAUUAUAUAAAACUAUUCUGAGGCUGCACAGGGGACUGCCAGAAGCCAUGCAAACUUUGGGAAAUAAUUACGUUCGUGAUGAAUUUCGGAGACAUAAGACUUGUGGACCCACUGAGGCCAGUGUCUUCAUGCAUGAGUGGGCUGAUUAUGCAAUUGGAUUAGCUGAACAACUCGGUCUGCGAGGUCCAUCAACAUCGAAACCCCUUGGAAGAGCUCUAGCAGCUGACGAUUUAGAUAAAUUGAGAGACGAGCAGGUUUAUCAGUUGUAUGAACUCAUGAUUGCCGCCACUGGUAGGCCGAAGGAGGAAAGAAGAUGAUGACAGAGCACAAUAUUUAAUUUAACAUUGCAACUUACAGUCUGUGAUUCAAUUUCGUGGUUAAAUAAAUCUAUUGAAUAGUUGAGAGUCA